AUGUGCUCACAGACAGCCUCACAGCUGCCCAAGUGCCUCGGGGAUGCCUUCACCCAGACCCUGUCCCUGCAGCACCCCCUUCCCAGGGGCUUCAGCUCCAGCUCCCCUUCGGGUACAGGGAGGCCGCGGCCGGGCAGCUGCGCCAGCCGGUCCCGAGAAGGCCGCCGGGAGCCCGGACGGCGGCGCGCAGGGCUGGGCCGGCCACCGCCGCUGGGAAGGAGAAUAAACACCCCAAACUCGUCCCCGCCGCCCCGGCCGGGAGAGCCGCCGCCCGGAGGCGGGGAAGGGAGGAGCGGGGAGGCCGGGCCGGGGAGGCGCGGGAGGCGCAGCCGGAUCGGAGGCCGGGGCCAGGCCGGGAGGAGCAGGGACGCCCGGGAGGCGGCGGCGGAGGAGGAGGAGGGGGACGAGGGAGGCCGCGCGGGCCGGCGGGAGCGGCGGGGGCGCCCAGGCCGCGGGGGAGGGAGCGGCGUCCGCCCUCGCCUGAAUCAGCGCUCGCCGGGGGCGGCCGGGGACGCGCCGGGGCCGGGAAGGGGACCCCGCGCUCGGGCCCGCGCCCCCGGCCGCCCGUCCCGGCCCGCGCCGCCCGGGGCCGCCUCCGCGGCGGAUGGGUCCGGCCCGGCCAGGUGCGCCGCGUGCCCACCCCCGCGCCUUUGUCCCGGCCGCCCCCGGCGCCCGCUCCCCUCGGGCCCCGCGGGCCGGCAGGUGCAGGGACCCCGGUCGGGCCCGGGCGCGGGGCCGGCGCGUCUUACCUGCGGCGCGGGCUCGGUCCCGAUCGGUCCCCGGUCCCCCCGGGUCGUCCGGCCCGGCCCGGUCCGACCGAGCGCGGGGGCGCGGGCCCGCAGGGCGGCCCGGAGCGCGCCGCCGAGGACCUGCCCGGCGCGGCCCGCACGCGCGGCCCAGCUCGCGGGUCCACGGGCAGCAGCGGCCGCCGCCGGCCUCGCGCGGCAGGUCCCUGACGUCUGCGGGCGGCCCGGUCCCGCCCCCGGCCCGGCUCCGCCCCGCGCCCCGCCCCCGGCCCGCCCCGGCCCCGGCCGCGCCCCCGACCCCGCCCGCCGGAAAUCCAGGUGGGGGCCGCCCCGAGGCCGCCAGGUGAGCGCGUCGGUCCCCGCCCGCGCCGCAGCCCCCGGCCCCCGGGCCCGCCCGCCCCCCCACCGGGGCGGGCCCACCUCCGCACCGCCCCCUCGGGGCCGCCCCUGCGUGUUGGUGGCACCGGGCGCCCGCAGCCGCCGGGGGUCUGGGCCUGGGCCCCGCUGGUUAACGCUUAACCGCGCUCGGGGGCCCCGGCCCACGACCUCCGGGCCGGAAUGA